GCGGUUGUGUCUUCGUCAUCUAUCUUCGCAAUAACAAAAAUAAAAUAUAUAUAAAUUCAAUUUAUAUUAAAAUUCUUUCUCCCUUCAAUUUAAACAAAAAGAUAUUUUAAUUUUGUAUAAAACAAAACCAAAUCCCAUACACACUUUAAACAAAAUCAAUGGAUAUUUAAAUAAAAACAAGGAUAAAAUAAAAACCUACAAGGAUAUUUCAAACAACACUAAACCCAAAAAUAAAACAAAAUAAAACGUUACAAAAGAUAUAAUAGUGUUAAAUAAUUUUAACAAUUAUUAUGAACACGAAUUAUUAUUAAAAUAACAAUUUUACAAGUGAACAAAAGUGAGAUUUAUGAAAACUUAGUGUUUUAUUUAUUUUUUGUUUUUAUUAAUUUUAAAUUGAAUCAAAAGGAAAUCGAAAAGUGGACGAAUUGUGAUUUUUAAAAUUAAAGAUAUAAUAUCUUUAGGAUACAAUUAAAAGCACCAAUUGAAAAUUAAACAAAAAAACCGGGAUUAUUGUUCUUUGUGCAAAUAAAUUGGAUUUAAAACUAACCACGAAUUAUUUAAGUGAUAAAUUAAUAAUUGUGAAAGGACUUUCCAUCAUGACGAGGAGACGUUCGAGUCCGCUGGGACUCGAAUUAGUUCUGUCGGUGGUGUUAGCACUGGUUGUGUUGCCAUUAUUGUCGCAUGGAGCUCCAGUACAAGAAUCACAUGACCUACAACGAUACUCAGAAGGAUGCUAUUAUAAUUACAACCACUACAGCGAAGGUGAUAGAAUAUUAACAAACGAACCAUGCUUGAAUUGUACUUGUCACAACAAAAUGCUUAUGUGCUACCUCCGGGUUUGUCCAUUUACCAAGCCAAUUGGUCAUGAUUGUACAGUUGAGAAACGUGAAGAUCAAUGCUGUCCAAUUGUUACAUGUCCUGAAGUGCCAGUUGAUAUUGCACAUCACAGUCAUCAGCUAACAACAAGUGCCCCAGGAACAGAGCUGAGUAUACCAGAGAAAUACGGGUGCAGUAUUGAUAAUAAAUUUUACGUGGAAGGAGCCCAGGUACCAUCUAACCCGAAUAAACCGUGUGAACUUUGCUAUUGCAUUCGAAAUCGUACUGCAUGUCUUAUGCAAGAAUGUACUCUACAUAUAGAUGGAUGUCAACCAAUUUACAACAAAGGAUCUUGUUGUCCGGUCAGAUAUAAUUGCGAUCACGAAAAUGAACUUUUGGAAAUUGAAGACUUCUCAACAACAACAACCACAAUACGACCAACCGAAGGUUAUCUUCUCCCAUCAACAACCAGCCCAUCUGUUACUACUGAUUGUGUUCACAACAAUGAAGUUUACGCUGAUGGAGCUUCAAUUACCGGCAAGAGCUCAUGUGAGCAUUGUUAUUGUAUGCGCGGUGAUAUUGUUUGCGCAGUCCAAGAGUGCGAGAUGCCAAUAUUGGAGUCUGGAGCUAAGACUUGCCGUGCCGUUCCACCAGCUGCCGGCGAAUGUUGUCCAAGCAAUUAUAUAUGUGACGAUGAUAGCGUGACAACUGAAGCAGCUAUCGCUGAUGAUGCACCAACAACUAUUACACCAAUUGUUCAGGGCAAUCUGCAUGAAUCCGUUUCACAAGAAGACGUCAAAUUACAAGAACAUAUUGAUGAUAAGAUUCCUGUUACCGAAGCGCCAGAAGAUUCGGGAGAACAAGAAGAUGCUCAAAAGGAUGAAAUAAUUGUAACAACAAUUUCACCAAUUGCUGGUGAAGUAUCACACUCAGCUGAACAGGAUAUUAAGAAUUCCGAAGGAGAGGAAGAAAAACCGCUUUUAACAACCAUAUCAGCUAUCAAAGAGACUAGUUUCGAAACGACACAGUCACUAACCGAACAAAGCACAACUCAUAAGACUGAAGAAGGAUUUGAAUCUAGUCAUGAAGACAAAGAAGACGAAUCUGUACAUCCACCUAAGGAAGAUGAAAUUAUAAACGAAGAAAAUGAAGAUACAUCGCAGGCAGCAGCAACUACUGUUUCUCCAUUUGUAGGAGAUAUACAGAAAGCAGACAGUAUAGAAGAUGAAGUUUUGCCUACAAGAAUCCCUGAAUCUUCUCCAGAAGAAGGAACGACUGCUCAUUCAAUAGUUGAAGAUGAUGUGAAGACACAAGAAGAAGCAGAGAUAGUGCCAUCUAAGGAAGCAGACGUUAAGCAUGACCAAAUUGAGAGCACACCUAUCCCUGAGGAUGCUGUUGAAGAUGCUUCAACUGCAGCAACAGUUGAUGUUAAACAUCCAGAAAUUGAAGAUAUUGCUACAACAUUAGUUCCUCUUGAUGAAUCUCCAGAUGUUGCCAAACAACCAGCUACUGAAACUGCUAUAUCUACCGAUGCUGAAUUAGAAAACGUGACGCCAGAAGCAUCUGUGCCGUCAAAGGAUCACAAUGAACCACAAGAAAAGGAUGAGGUUUCAACUGAACUUCCAGCUGUCGCAGAAAAUGUCGCUUCUUCUACGUUGACUUCAGUAAACGAAUCUGAAGAUGUCAACAAGACUCCAGCUACCGAAGUUACACCACAAUCCGAUAGCAUAUCAGAAAUUGCAGAUGAAGUAACAUCAGUGCCAUCAAAACCACAAAUUGAACCACAAGAAACUUCAUCGGAAAGUGUAGAAUUUUCAGAAGAAUCUGCACCAGGUCAAGAAGAAAUUCAAGACAAGAUCGAUGAGAAUAUUUCAGAGCCUUCAUUUGACAGUUCCACUAGCUCUCCAACGUAUGAGACAAUUACUGAAGGAGGUGAUAAUAUUGAUACUGGUGUGCUAGAAACUGGAGAUCACAAAACCGAAUCUGAUUUACCAAAGAAAAAACCAAAGGAUGAACCAGAAUCAAUGGAAGAUAUUCCAGUUUCUUCAGAUGUGACUAAAGACGAAAUUCCUCAAGUCAUAGUUGAUAUCUCAACAUCAAUACCGACAGCUAGUGAAGUUGAUUCUAAUGAACCUGCAACAACUAAAUCAUCAGACUUUAAAGACGAAGAAACCUUAGAUCAAAGUACUCAAGGCACAAUUGAAGACAAACCGACUGGAGAAGAUGAAGUCCCAGCUGUUGUGGAAGAAAUAACAAAUGCUCCAAUUUCUGGAGAUAUUUCCGAUGAAAACGAUAAAUUAACUCCUACCACUGCACUUCCUGUUAAAGAUGGCGAGGGAAUUGAAGGCCAAGAAGAAGAUCUAUCGACCGAACCUUCAGGUACAGAAAAACGCACAACAACAAGUCGUCCAAUUCGGAUUCAUAUUGAUGGUGAAGAAGAUUCUUCAGAAAUCCCUACCAAUGCAUCAGAAGAAGAAUUGGUUGAUAGUGCAACUUCUAUUCCUUCAAUUGAUGAACCAAUUGCCGCAAUUACUGAAAAAGAAGAAGUUUCAGCUAUUUCACCUGUUGUAGAUUCUCAAAAACCAAGUUCAGAAGAAGUUCCAGUUGAAAAAGAAGAGGACGCAACUAUUAAAGCACCUUCUGAAGAAGAAAAUGUCAAACCUGAAAAAGAAACAGAAUUCCUUACAGACGAAUUAACAACAUCUACCCCAUUAAAGGCUUCCGAACCAGAACAUGAAUCAGAAACUAAGGUACCAUUUGAACUUGAAGCAUCAAGUGAUGGAGUAGAAGGAAAACCACAUAGUGAUUACACUACAGUUAUUCCAUCAAUUGAAGAUUCAGAAAAGGAUCAUGUUGAAAAAGAACAAGACAAGAUAGAAUCAGAACAAGACAUCUCAUCAACUUCUGUACCAGCAGUAACUGAUUCAGAACCAACUUCUGUUGUAGAAGAGGAACAAAAGCCAGUAGCGGAACAAAGUUCGACAGAUGCAACAACCAAAAAACCAUUAGUAGAUGAAAGCGAAGGAAUAAGCACUGAAGAAUACGAAACAAAAACAGAAGCAUCUAUUGAUCACGGUGAAACAAGUGUUGGACAAGAUAAUGUGCAGCAUGAUCCAGAACUGCAUCUCACAUCAACAGAUACUCCUUCUAAGCCGAUUGCAUCAGAAGACUCUAUUCAUGAAGAAGACCAAGAAGGUGAACUAGAUACUGAUACCAUCGAUUUAACUACUAUUAUUCCCAGUGCUGUUGGUUCUGAAAUUCCAAGCGCUGAAGGAGACAUUCAGAAAACACCAGAACAUGGAGAAGAAACCAGUGAUGAUAAGAUAUCGGCUGAAAUUCCAUCUGAAUCUGGAACUACUGUACGAAGUGAAAUUGAAAAACAAACAGAACAAGGUGAUACAGAUUCCAUUGUUACUCUUUCACCUAUUUCUAACGAACAAGAAAAUACUGAGGGUCAUAAACCAACCUCUACUGAUGAAAUUAAUAAACACGAACCAUCAGUCCAAGACAUUUCUGACUCAUCUACUAUUGUACCUUAUAUUGACGGUUCUGAAGAAGAAGUUAAACAGCAAACAGAAAAUAUUUCUGAUGAUUUGACAACAGUAUCUCCAUCUGCAUCUGACAGUGUAGUAUCAAGUGAUGAAGAAGUCAAAGAACAACCAGAACAUGAACUUAUUGAUUCUUCAACUAAAACUCCAAUUUCUGCUUCCCCUGAUCAAGAAGUACAACCGACAACAACUAGUUCAUCUGUUGUUCAUUCUGAUGCACCAAUUUCUGAAGCGGGAGACAAGGAUGAGGACAAGGAAACUAAUGAGGAUGCCCUAUCAAACAGCACUUCAUCUCCAGCCGAUUCUGAAACAAUAGGACAGGUUACAGAUUCUCCAGCUCUUCCAAUUUCUGGAGAUAUAGCUAGCCCUGUCCCUACCAUUCCAGAAUUAAUCGAGUCCCAGGAACCAACCAAAGAAGAUGCCCAUGACGAACAACCAAUCGGUGAGACAAGUGUUGCUCCCAUUGGACACUCAGACAAGGAAUCAGUUGACACCACUGAGGAAAGCUACAUUCCUAUUCAUGAUAUAAUUCCAUCAGCUAUUCCCGGUGAAGGCGAUUGCUUAUCAAAUGGCGAAACGUUCCAAAAUAACGCAACAGUUCCUACGUCAAGUGAAUGUGAGAUUUCGUGUACUUGUAUCAGCAGUAUUAUUGUCUGUAAGCGAGUUCAGUGUUACGAACCACCAAAACCAAACAAUUGUCUCUUAGACGAAGCUAGCACUGAUAAAUGUUGCCCACAAUACAUUUGUGGAGUUGAUAGUUUUGCAGAAGGUUCACGACCAACAACUACAGAAGAAGCUGAAGAUGAAGAAAUUCAAUUCACCACAUUAGCUCCAUCCAGCAAAUACCCCAAUCUUUCUACCGAAUCCGCAACACACAAAACAGAAGAUGAUAAACCAAUCGAUGAUGAAGAAUCAUCCAAAACGGAAUUGCCAGUAUCCUCUGAUGAAAAUAUAACGCCUGUGUCUAUUGACUUUGAACAGCCAACUUUAACUCCUGAACAUCCUUUGUCUCAUGUGAAGGUCGAUGAAGCAGAAGAAUCAUCAACUAAGAUCUCUGAUGGUGAAAUUUUAGUAGAAGGAUCAACAACUACCGCUCAGCCAAUUACGGCAAAACCUACGAAGCAGGUCACUGGCGAUAUUGAACAACCAAUUGAGGUCACUACAUUAGGACCACAAUCAUCGAAAAAACCAGAUGAAAUUACAACUCUUGGUGAUACUGAUGACGAGGAGCUAAGUUCUGCUACACCAACGUCCAUCGAUGGAGUUCCUUCCAGGUCAGAUUCUGAUAAGGAACCUAUUAAACCAGUUGUUCCUGGCGAAGCUCUCACAACUGAAGGUACUUCUGAAAAAGAAGCCACAACUAUUCAACCAAUAAAGCCAGAUGUAAGCACCGAGGCAUCAUCUGUUCCCGCAAUAAUUCAGACAGGUGAUUCAACACAAAGUGAAGAAAUACCUGACACUUCAGAUGAAACCUCUAAUGAAUCAGGAGAAGAAACCCAAUCCGAAGAAGAUACAAAAUCACCAUUGCCACACAAAGAAGAAGACCAAAUAACUACUACAUCUAGACCAUUAGUAUCUGAGCAUGUAGGUGAUAUUGAACCACUUGAUGAAAGUACCAAGAUUCCUGAAAUUGAUUACAGUAAACCAGCUAUGCCUGAAGACCUUUCUCACACUAAGGUUGAAGAAGAAACUCCUGUCAAACACACUGAAUCUGUAGAAUCAGUUGAAGAUGAACAAGCUACUGACAAAAUUAUCACAACUCCUGCUAGCACAAUUCUUACGCGAGUCGAGCCAACUGAAGAUGACGUCCAGAAGGUUGACACUGCUGACGACAUUUCCGAUAAGAAAGAUGAUAUUCCAUCUGCGGACCCUGAAGAAGACAAACCUAAUGAUGAUGCACCAAUUCAUUCCACAAUUGCACCAAUCAAAUCAGAUGAAACACCAGUUACAGAAGCAAUCACUGAUUCAAAGAAGGAUGAAAUUGAAGAACAUACGCUCUUGCCAGAACCAGUAUUGGAAGGAGACAGUGAUUUGGAGAGUCAUCAAACUCCCAGUCAAACAAUUGCUCCUACUGAUGAGGAAGACAAACCAAUUGCAGGCACUAUCGUUCCAGAAGCAGAUGAAGCAAGUGCAGACAUUGAACCUUCAACAAGUGCCCCAGUUAUGGAACAUAAUUUGGUUGAAGAAAGUGAUGGAAACGUUUCUAAAGAAGAUUCUGUUGACAAGCAACAUGAUGUGGCUAGUUCAACCACUUCAACUGUUGACGAAACUCUUGCUCCAGUUUCCAGUGAGUCAAGCGAACAAAAAGAUAAGACUCCAAUUGAGGCAGAUUCUCCUGCUAUUAGUGAGCAGACCACAAUCGUGUAUAGUGAAAUGGAUGAAGAAAUUCAAGGUCAAACCAGCGCUCCACCCAAGGAAGAACAAUCUGAAGAAAGUGGUGCACACAUUUCUGAAGGCAAACCUGUUGUUGAACAGAACGAUAUUGUUUCCCCAACCAAUAUUCCAAACAUAGAAGAACAACCUUCUACUUCAGUUUCUGAAGAGGACAAUGAAAUUGAUGUAACAACUGUCAUUGCAGCCGUUGAACAUACAGCUGAAGAUGAAAUUGUUAGUCAAACCAGUGCUCCACAAACAGAUAAGCAACCAUCGACUUCUGAUGAAGAAGAAAUCAAAAUUGAUGUACCCACAUCACCAGUCAUGGAAGGAAGUGGCGCAUCUAUUUCCGAAGAUAAAAUUGAUGUUGAACAGGAUGAAAUUGCUAGCCCAACCACUACUGCAACAGUUGAGCUGCAGUCUUCUGUCUCAGAUAUAGGUGAACAAGAUAAGACUGAUCUGACGAAGGAAGAAGAAGGAAGCGGCACUCCAAUUCCAGAAGAUAAAACUGAUGUGGAACUUGUUGAGCCCAUUGUACAAACCAGUACACCAGCAGUAGAAAAACAACCUUCAGAAUCAGAUUCAGACCAACAAAUUAAGAUCGAUGUAACUUCCUCUCCAGUAAUUGAUGAAGAUUCAGUUGAGGGAAGCGGUCAAACUAUUUCAGAUGACAAAACUGAUGUUAAACAAGAUGGAGUAACCACAAUUCCAACAAUUGAAAAGCAACCUACCGUCUCAGAUUCAGAAGAUGAAAUUCUAAUUGACGUAACAUCUUCACCAGACGUUUUAGAAGGAAGUGGAGCACCAAUUUCUGAAGAUAAAACUGAUACCAAAGGAGAUGAGAACGAUAACCAAACUAGUUCUCCAGCUGUUGAUAAGCAUCCUGUUGUUUCUGACUCCGAAGACACAAAUAAACUUGAAGGACCAUCAACUGAUGAAAGUGGUCCAAUUAAGGCUGAAGAGGAUUCAUUAAACAAAGAACAGAUGGAUACUCAAACUGGAGUUCCACUUAUUGAAGACAAUGUUACCAUUGCUCCAGUUUCUGGAGAUGCAGCUCAUUUACCAACUUCUACAAUUUCUUCAAUGAUAGAUUUAGAAUCUAACGAAGUCAUUUCAAGCCAAACAAAUGCACCAAAUGUAUCUUCAGAAGAAGAAUCCAAUGAAGAUAAAACUAGUGUAGAAAGCCAGACUGAUAUUCCUUCCCAUGUGUCAUCUUCAUCAUCCGAAGAAGAAGAACACAUUGUCGAUCAAACUGUUGCACCUGUUGUUGGAGACAAAUAUGGUGAAACUGAUAUUAAUGAAGAACAAAAACCAACCACAGUCUUGGUUCAAAAUUCAGAAAAAGACAAAGAAUCUGAAGCCGUACCUGUUUCUACCGUUGUUAAAGACGAAAGUACGGAUGAUUUGGAAGGUUCAGGAGAAUCUAUUCCAACAAAGGGUAUUCAAUCAAGUGAUGAAGAAAUUGGAGGUACUGAAACUCCCGAAAAAGACACUACUUCACUACCAGGUGAUGAAUAUGUUGGUGCUACAAUCACAAGUAGCGAUAAGGAGAGUUCUCCAUCAAAGGAUACUUCUUCUGUGGUAUCAGGCGAUGAAUAUAUUGGUAUUACAGAAAGUUCUGCAGUUUCUACUCCUGUUAAAACUAUCGACGAAAAUGAGACCUCAGAAGAAGAUAAAACGAGCUCAACAGGUAUUCCUAUCAAGACUGUCCAUGUUGAUUCCACGGAACUUCCAUCCACUUCCACUACAGCAAAACCAAUUGAGAUUGUCGAUGAAGGCCUUGCAAUCACAGAAUCAUUGGGUGAUGGAGUAUUUAGUCAAACUGAAGCACCCCUUACUUCUGAUGGUCUUACUUCUGAAGAAGACGGUUCUAUUGACAAGAACUUAAUCACAACUGAAAGUUCUCUACCAUCCAGUGAUACUGUUAGCCCCUUAACUGAUAUUGAUAGCGAAGAUAAAAUAGAACAAGUUCAAACUGUUAAACCAUCAAUUCCAACAAAACAACCAGAGCUUUUGGAUGAAGAAACUUCAACUAAAUCUAAGGAAGAAGGUGAAAGUAUAAACGCUACUGAAAUGCCAGAAAUAAUAUCGAGUCAUGAAAUGACUCAACAACCUGGUAAACUUGAAUCCGAUGAUCAAAUUCUAAUUGAAGGUAGUGCAACAGUUAAGCCUGAUGUUCCAUCUCAAACUGAAAGUACGGCUGAAGAAAAGAAACCAUCUUUGGAAGAAUCUCAGACAACAACUAAGGAACCAGCUUCAAUUGAUGCAUCACAAACAAAUGUACAACCCGAGAAACCAGACUCAAGUGAGGAAGAAUCGGCUGAAGAAACAGUAACCAAAACACCUCAGCCUAUUGAUGCAUCAGAAACAAAUGAACAUCCUGACAAACCAGAAUCAGAUGAAGAAGUUUUGGCUGAAGAUAUCACAAAGAAACCAUCAUUGGACGAAUCUCAAAUAACAACCAAGGUACCAGCUACAAUUGAUGCAUCGCAAACAAAUGUACAACCUGAGAAACCAGAAUCAAGUGAGGAAGAAUCGGCUGAAGAAACAGUAACCAAAACACCUCAGAACAUACCAUCUGACCAAGAUGUUUUAUCUGAGGUCAGUAAGCCUGAGGUUGUUGAUAGACUCCAAACUGAUAAACCUAUUGAUGAUACUGCUUCAACGGAAUCUCUUGAAGAAGAUGAAGCUAUUAAAGAAACAACAAGCAAACCUGCCGAAGAUGUUGCUCCAACAAAAUUGGAAGAACAAGACAAUGUGAAAAUUUCUUCAACAGCUGCACCAGUUGAUGAGCAAGAUAUCACUUCACCUCCAGUUGAGGCACAUGUUGAUUCUGAUAACACCUAUUCUACAGAAAAAUCUGAUGAAGACAAUGAACAUACACCAAAGGAUGAUACCAAUAUUCAAACUAUCGGACAAUUUGUAACAGAACGUGCUGAAAUCAUUACAACUGUACUUCCAACUAAAGAUGAGGAACAUAUUCCAGAAGAUACUAUUUCGCAAGAAUCGCCAGAAAAACCUACAGAAGAAAAAGAAACGCCAGUAGUAUCAACUACGAGUGAAGCUAACGAGUCUGAAGAAAAGGUACAAGUAACCGAAGCUCCAGCUAAAAUUCCAGCAGAAGAUACAAGCAUACCAGAAUCUGAAGAAAAGGAUCAAGUAACUGAAGUUUCAGCUGAAAUUCCUUCCGAAGAUACAAAACCACAAGUUCAGUCCACAAGCAAACCAGAAUCUGAAGAAUUAGAAGAAAAGGAUCAAGUUACUGAAGUUUCAGCUGAAGUUCCUGCUGAAGAUACAAAACCACAAGAUCAGUCCACAGGCGAACCAGAAUCUGAAGAAUCUGAAGAAAAGGAUCAAGUAACUGAAGUUUCAGCUGAAAUUCCUUCCAAAGAUACAAAACCACAAGUUCAGUCCACAAGCAAACCAGAAUCUGAAGAAUCUGAAGAAAAGGAUCAAGUAACUGAAGUUUUAGCUGAAGUUUCUGCCGAAGAUACAAAACCACAAGAUCAGUCCACAAGCAAACCACAAUCUGAAGAAUCAGAAGAAAAGGAUCAAGCUGCUGAAGUUCCAGCUGAAAUUCCUGUUGAAGAUACAAAACCACAAGUUCAGUCUACAAGCAAACCAGAAUCUGAAGAAUCUGAAGAAAAGGAUCAAGUAACUGAAGUUUUAGCUGAAGUUCCUGCCGAAGAUACAAAACCACAAGAUCAGUCCACAAGCAAACCACAAUCUGAAGAAUCAGAAGAAAAGGAUCAAGCUACUGAAGUUCCAGCUGAAAUUCCUGUUGAAGAUACAAAACCACAAGUUCAGUCCACAAGCAAACCAGAAACUCAAGAAUCAGAAGAAAAGGAUCAAAUUACUGAAGUUUCAGCUGAAAUUCCUACUGAAGAUACAAAACCGCAAGUGCAUCCGACAAGCUCAGCUGAGGAAUCUGAUGAAAAAACCGAAGCGCCUGGAAUCACACCAGAAUUUUCCGAGCAACCUGUUACAGGAGCAACUAGUGAAUCUGACAAUAAAACACAGGCUCCAGAAACUCAACCCGAAAUCACAGAAGAAGAUCAUAAACAACAUGUUCAACCAACUGAAGGUGCUAUCGCUUCUUCCACCUCCGAAAAACCUAUUGAACAAACAGCAGAUGACAAAAUUGAUUCAGAUUUGCCCAAACCAAAUAUCCAAGAUGAACAACCCUCUUCUGAAGAUGAAACUCCGCUAUCGACAACGAUUCACCCACUAUUCCCACAAAUCGAACAAGACCACACUUCAGCACCACUCAAUGCCUCUGACAAAGACUCAUCAAUACCAUCUGUUCCAACAACCGAACAGCCCACAGCACAGGCAAUUACAAAUGCACCGACACACUACCAGCCACCUGGAUAUGGACAAGUUCCUCCUCAAUAUCCAUCCUAUACCGAAGAUGAAUACACAGACGAAGACGAAACUGAAGUCUUCGGACCAGGAACUUGCCGAUAUGGUGGAAAAUUAUUCGUUUCAGCUCAACAGAUUCCACGUGAUGAUCCAUGUGACUUCUGUUUCUGCUUCCGAAGUGAUAUCAUUUGCUUGCAACAAUCUUGCCCGCCACCAAUUUCUGGAUGCCAUGAGGAACCAAUCAGUGGAUUCUGCUGUCCACGAUAUGAGUGUCCUGUCUCAAUGGCAACCACACUUAAUAUAACAACAAGUACAACGACAACAAGCACAACAUUGCCACCUCACUUCUUGCAUCAUGCAUACCGAGGUGCGGCAGCAAAGAACGGGUGCCAUAUCAAUGGAAAAUCAUAUAAGGUGGGCGAUAAAAUCGACUCAGCCAGCGGACCAUGCAUGCACUGCACGUGUGGUGGCGACGGACAAAUGAAGUGUGAUCCUAAAACAUGUUCGCCUGAGCCAAUGCUUCGUCAAAUGAUCGCUGUUGUUGCGUCACGCCGAAGAUGAGAAACUAGCCAUUAAUUUUUAUUAGAAACAAAGAAUGCAGCAAUAUUAUAUUAAGGUGCCAACACAGAAAACACCGUUAAAAAAAUGUAAUACUAAAUAUCUCAAUUCCAUAAUUUUUAAGAACUAAAUUUAAGAACAAACACAAAAGAAAACUUAAUGAAAACAAUAAUAAUAAUUAACUAAAUGAAAAUUGAAUUGAUUUUAGAGCAAACGAAAAAAAAAUAUCUAAAAAAUCUAUAAACGAAAAGGCAACAGAAAAAAUUAUUAAUUAAUUUAGUUUAUUAAUAAAACAAAAAUAUGUCAGAAGCAACCAGUGAUAUUGUGCUGUAUACAUAGUAUAGGUGCAAUUAAUUUAGCUCGCACUUACUUAUUAUAAUUAAUGAAAAUAGUAUAAGUAUGAUAAUAUUACAAAAUGUUAUUUUUGUAACGUGAUUUUUUGUUGCAAAUUUAAAACAAAUUUUAAACAAUUAUUAUUACUGGCAAUCAAUGAAUUACGUUAUGAAUUUGAUUUGAUUUGAUUAUUUUUAGCAUUUAUAACUAGAAUGUUAUUAAUUUUAAGUUUAUAUUUUUUUUUAUUUUAUACAUAAAUGUAUUGUAAAUUGUUGCUUCUUCUUCUAGUCUUCUUUGUUUUGUUGUUAGGGCAACAAGUUCUGAAUACCUAAAGCAUUGUCUUCUUUCCUAUACUACGACCUAUAAAAUUAUAAACUUAAUGACUUUAGGAGAAGUUUUAAAUAAAAAUUUGAAAAAAAAAAUCGUAGAGUAAAACAAACAAAUUAAAAACUCAAUUAUUUACGUGUAUCUGUUUAAUAAAUAGAUAUAUUUAAAUGAAAUAAAAUACUUGGUUUAGUUGAGAAAAAAACUAUAACUUAAGUACAUAUAGGUGUAUUAAAAACAAAAUAAUAUUCAUAGUAAUUAAAAUAAAAGAAAAACAAAAGAAUUACCACAUCCUAUUGUUCGACUGAUUGAAAAUCCCAUGAUAGAUUUUUUACUUUUUUACUAAAAACAUAAAUAUACUUAAAGUUAAAGUUAAAUAUAAAAACACCUUGAACAAUAACUUAAAAUUCGAACGCUAACGCGGUGUACGUGAAAACUGAUAGUUAAGCAUUAUUAAAUAUAAUAUAAAAAUAAUAAUAAUAAAAACGAAUGUAAGAUGGAGAGAUUUUCAAUUACUUGAGCUUGGGAUGUUUUUCUUUUUUUCUUAUUAGUACUAUUUUUAAAAUAUAAAAAUUAAAUCAGAAAAGAAAUAAAACUUUAGAUUUAGGAUUAUUAUUAAAAAAUAUAUAUAUUUUAUUUAGUUAUGUAUUUAUUGUGUUAAUUAUGCGAGAGAGUAUUUUUCGCGCAUGCCGCCUGUAGUUUAAUUUAGUAAUCAAAUUUUAUUUUUAAACAAUGUAGUGCUUUCAAGCGCAAAACAAUAAUUAAUAAAAACAAAAAAAAACGAAAAUUAAAUAGAAAUAAAAUAUGUAAUAAACUAAUAAAACAAAAAUCAAUUAGUGUACGCAAGUUUUUAUUUGUUUACAUUUUAUGUAUAUUUUUUUGUUUACAGAAAAAUUAUAUAAAAUACAAAUUCGCCGGUUUAUUUUGUAUGUAGUGUAUUUAUUUAAAUUAUUUAAAACAACAACAACAACAACAUCAACACAAAAGAAGAAAAACUUACUUACUUUAAUUUAACGAACAAAAAAAUAAAUGAUUAAAAUAAUUGUGUAUUUCUUUGCGUAAAGUUUCGAGGACAUAAAUCUUAAGUAUAAACGAUCGAUGGGAUAUUGUUUUUAAAUUAUAAUAUAUGUAAUAAUAUUAUAAAAACGAAAUUAUCCGGCAUAAUUGUAAGUGUCCUUUUAUACAAAUAAAUAUUUUAUGAAAAAUAAA